UUUUGAAUACGUCGCUACCGUAAAGCGGCCCUUUGUUUGUCGUGCAGCGUCAGGUUACCAUAACGACAGUCAAGAUGGCAGCAACAGCAGGUGGAGAGGAGCACGUUUCCUCGGAAGUUUUAAGAGGACUUGCCCAUCAUUUAAACUGCCUAAACGAGGACAACAAAGCGACAAGAAAGAGAGCUAUCGAGUUCAUAAAGAAAGAGACGGUGGACAAAGGACUUUCCAGCGGCGUCCUCCAGGAAAUAUUCUCAGCCCUUCUCAAACCUCUUCUCAAAUGUCUUUCAGACCCAAUGGAAAGAUGCAGGGAAACUGCUAUUUCAGUCAUAACAGAGUUUAUUCGUUGUGUUCCCAAACCCGAGGAGUUCCUGCCGUAUUUAAUGCCGUGUCUGGCUCAGCGGUUUGGUGAGAACGAGAUUCUAGAACCGGCGGAAGAGCUUCGUUUGUCGGCCGUGGAUCUGUUGAGUCUGACCGUGGAGGUUUGCGGAAAACAUUUGGCGCCUUAUGUGAGCGAAAUGAUCAGAAUUUUACAGAGAACUAUCGUCGACCCCUUCCCGGAUGUUAAAAGAGAAAGCUGCAGAUGCACCGUCAAACUUGCGCAGACUGUUCCAGAGCAUUUUCACAUGCAAGCUGACAGUCUUGUCAAGCCUCUCAUGAUGACGAUAACUCAUCAGCACUCACGGGUGCGGGUGGCAGUCAUCGAAGCCACUGGGUCGGUCAUUCAACACGGGAGUGGAAGAAACAUGGAUGACGUUCUCCCACACCUGAGUCAGAGAUUUUUGGAUGAUUCACCACAGGUGAGAAAAGCUGUGACUGCCGUGGUUGGGAAUUGGCUGUUGCACCUGAGAGACAGAUACUCUUAUUUUCACAAACUGAUUCCUCUCCUGCUGAGCAACACCACUGAUGAAAUCCCAGAAAUAAGACUUCUAGCAGCCGAUUUAUGGAAACGAGCAGGAACACAGUGGGAGAAGGAAAAUGAGGAGGACAUAAAAGACAAGAUGGACUUUCUUCUCGCUCCUCCAGCACACUACCCACCAGGAGUGGAUCGUCCAGUUUUGGGCUGCAGAGAAUUGGUUGUAAGAAACCUCGGGAGGCUGAUCCCAGCUAUCACCCAUGAUCUGACUGACUGGCUGGUGCCGACGCGCAUCAGGACCUCCCAGCUUCUCUCUGUGCUGCUGCUGCAUGCUGAGGACCACAGCACUCAGCAUCUGCAGCCCCUGCUAGAGACCCUCUACCGCACUUGUACAGAGACAGAAAAGGAGGUGGUCAAAAACUGCCUGGCAGCUGCAAAACUGAUAGGGACUUUUGUUCCUCCGCCCGUCUUCCUCAAGCUGUUGCUGGACCGUGUUAACACCCCACACUCUUCCGCUUGCUCCUGGGCCCCCUUAAUGGUUCUGGCUGCAGUUCUGCAAGGCUGCUCCAAACCACUCCUCAAGCCACACCUCCAGCAGAUUGCCGACACUUUGGUCCAGCCCAGCGUCUGCCAGGAAUACCAGCAGGUUGUGUACUUGCAGCAGUUGCUGACGUGUGUGGAUGUGCUGCUGCGUCAGUGCGAGUCCGACUGUGGCGCAGUCAGCCUGCAGCUGCUGCAGGUGCUGAUCAGCAUCCAGAGCCUCUCUGCAGAGCCGCAGCUGAUUGCAAAGGCCUUGGAGAGCGCACACUUUCUGGGUAAAGUGCAGGACCUGGACUUGAUGGAGCUCUAUAGACAGCACAUGGGACAGCUGCUGGACUGGUUGUUUGCCUCCGUCAGUAGUUGGUCUAGUUAUUCUCCACAGAGACUCCAGCUUCACAUCAUUGUCACACAAUCGGGUCCAGUUAUCGGAGAGUUUUUGAACCAGCUGAUGCCUAUUGUCAACAGCUGCCUCCAGCCAGACAGAGACAAAGAAAUGAGGAUGAGCAUUUUCACAAUGCUGGCCAAACUGCUGCUGGAUGGAAGCAACACUCUGGAUUCACAGGGGCGUUUCCGCGAUGAAGCAGAAUCAUUUCUUUGCAACAUCCUGCUUCCUAACCUGGUGUGGAAAGCAGGACGCACCGCUGGCGCCCUGCGCACCUCAGCCCUAAGCUGUCUGUUGGCUCUACUGCAUGGAGGCGCCAUCACACCUGGACAGCUGCUGUGCCUGGAGGAGAAGCUGAGUCCUCAUGUGCUGUCGUCCCUGGAGGAAGAUUCUCAGAUGGGAAGGCUUAUGGCCUGUCGCUCUCUGUCUGCGAUGCUGAAGCUGAUAGGACGCAGCAUGCGGCAGGACACUCUAAACCGGAUAUAUCCUGAGCUCCUAAAGCGUCUGGAUGACAGCAACGCUGAGGUGCGUGCUGCGGCUCUGCAUGGCGUGGGGCUCUGGUUUUCCAGCCUGACCAAAGACUACAGCCCUGAAGUGUGCGCCCCUCAUCUCCAGCUCCUCUUUCAGCAGCUGCUGCUGCACCUGGAUGACCCCAACCCUGCAGUUCAGGACCAAGUGCUCGAAAUCCUAAAAAAGGCCAGUGUGGUCCAUCCUGUGCUUCUGAAGAGGGAGGCUGAGGCUGUGAAGGACAAACACCGCAGUCCUGUGUACUGCGAGCAGCUGCUUCAACACAUCAGCUCACUUUCUGCAGAGACCACAGCACCUGGUUCAGAGUAACACCAGAGACGAGACACACAGAGGAUGGAGAUUCACAGCCAAACCCUCAUGGAGGAAUUUUAGAACCAUUUUCCUAAACAUUCAUGCAACUUUCUACUCUCAUUCUGUUGUUAAACUGGUUCCAAUGUUUGAUUUUAAUAAAAAGGUUUUUUGGAUUGUGA